AUGACAGACCCCUCGGUCGCAAUCGCUCAAUCUGGAAGGUCGUCGGAUACAGCUCAGCUAUUGGCUUCCCUGACCUCUAUGACUACUGUUCCAUUGAUCAACAAUCCCGCUACACCUUCAUGUGCAGUGGAGGAUGAGCCGAUGAUCUUCACGGAGAAGGAAGGAUCUGGAGGCAAGACGACUUCCUUACCGCCCAGAUACGCCGGUGUGCUAACCGGAGUGAAGGCUUUGGCGAACCCACAACCCGCAGCCAAGCAAUGGCUUCCGGUGGGAGAGCACGAUCUGAUUCCUGGUGAACACCUUGGUGAACCUGCCCUCAAAGUCUCCCCCAAGUUCAAAAGUCGUCUAUGUGCGCCUUGGCAAAGAGCUCUGGUAGUUCGGUUAAUGGGCAUCAAGGUUGGCUACACCACGCUCUGCUCACGCCUUCGGUCGCAAUGGCGUCCAAUUGGAUCCAUGGAGGUGAUGGAUCUAAACCAUGAUUGCUUUCUUGUCAAGCUCGAGAAUGAACAGGAUUACUUCAAGGCCCUCACUAAUGGACCAUGGACCAUCUUCUAUCACUACAUACUGGUUCAGCAAUGGAGUCCUCGUUUCAAGACUUCUGAUCCCCUACCAAAGAAGAUGAUCGUGUCAGCUACCGGCUCUGAAAGUCCACUUCUACCACAAGGAAGUCCUAAUCUCUUUGGGCAACCUGAUCGGCCGAACAAUUAA